CGCACUCAAGGGAGGUGGCUCGCGGCGUUAACGAUGGCCACGGCCACGUUUGCCCCUUGGGGAGCGCCCUCCCGACUUACUCUGUAGUCUUAUUCGUCCGAAGGAGCGUGCAUUACCCCUACACACGCGGCGUUAUUCUGGACUCAACCACUUCUCCAUCCCCGCGACGCGAGACACUAAACCGAACGUGGGAUACCCGAAGAAGCGGAUGGCCACCCUUGGUGGACCACUCCUCCACCUUUUGGUCGGCGUGGAGUAACGGGGAAACCACCCUUCUGAACCUCGUUCCCCGGAUUCUCCGCGCUCCCCGCAACUUGCCCAACAUCCCCGGGUUUAAAAGGAGCCUUCCCCAGCAUUGCUUCAGGUCCUCGGACUUCUGAACCACCGAGCUUUGCGUCCUUCUCCUUCGAAUCCCCUCCAUUCCUUCCGUACUCCGUGGUCUUCUGUCAGGGAGUCUGCCGUGUCUCGGGAACACAAUGCCUCUCGCCGUGUCCAAGCCUCCUGGAGAGGCCGGCUCAGCAUGGCCGGCCAUUGCCAUCAGCGCCUUCGUAGCCUUCGGUGGCGUGCUCUUCGGAUAUGACACGGGCACCAUCAGCGGAAUCCUCGCUAUGGACUACUGGAGAGACCUCUUCUCGACCGGCUAUCGCGACUCCAAGGGGCACCCGGACGUGUCCCCAUCCGAGUCGUCAGCUAUCGUGUCCAUCUUGUCCGCCGGCACUUUCUUUGGCGCCCUUGCCUCGCCACUCCUCGGUGACACCAUCGGUCGCCGCUGGGGUCUCAUCGCGUCGUGUUGGGUCUUCAACCUUGGCGUCGCGCUUCAGACAGCGGCUACCGCGCUUCCUCUCUUCCUUGCCGGUCGCUUUUUUGCCGGACUAGGCGUCGGCCUGCUCUCCGCCCUAGUCCCCCUAUACCAGUCGGAAACCGCACCUAAGUGGAUUCGAGGAGCUAUUGUUGGGAGCUACCAGUUCGCCAUCACCAUCGGGUUGCUUCUCGCUGCCGUCGUCGAUAACGCCACACACCUCCGCAUGGAUACGGGUUCCUACCGCAUCCCCAUCGCCGUCCAGUUUGCGUGGUCUAUCAUCCUCAUGGUGGGCAUGCUUCUACUGCCAGAAACGCCCCGUUAUUUGAUCAAGCGUGGGCGGAUGGACAAGGCCAAGUCUGCGCUCGGACGCCUUCGCCGGCUGCCACAGGACCACGCUGCCGUCCAUGACGAGCUUGCCGAGGUCCAGGCCAGCUACGAGUAUGAGAUGAGCGUAGGCGAGGCCGGCUAUCUCGACUGCUUCCGCGGUGGCAUGCUGAAGAGGCAGUUGACGGGUAUGGGCAUACAGGCGCUGCAGCAGCUGACGGGCAUCAACUUCAUUUUCUAUUACGGCACGCAAUUCUUCCGCAACUCUGGCAUUUCCAACGCCUUCACCAUCACCCUCAUCACAUCCUGUGUCAACGUCGUGUCCACCAUCCCCGGCCUUUACGCAACCGACACCUGGGGCCGUCGGCCUCUCCUCUUCCUCGGCGGUAUCGGCAUGAGCAUCAGCCAGCUCCUUGUGGCCGUCCUCGGAACCACCACUACCGGGCAGGAUGCCGACGGCAACAUCCUCGUGUUCAACCUUGCCGCACAAAAGGCAUCCAUUGCCUUUGUUUGCAUCUACAUCUUCUUCUUUGCCUCCACCUGGGGCCCCCUCGCGUGGGUGGUCACCGGCGAGAUCUUCCCCCUGAAGCACCGCGCCAGGGGCUUAUCCAUUACGACCGCGACCAACUGGCUACUCAACUGGGCUAUCGCGUACGCGACGCCGUACUUAGUCAACUACGGCGAGGGGUAUGCCAACCUACAGAGCAAAAUCUUCUUUGUAUGGUUCGGUUGCUGCUUCCUCUGUAUCGCCUUUGUGUACUUUCUCGUCUAUGAGACCAAGGGGCUGUCUCUGGAGCAGGUGGACGAGAUGUACGGGGACAAGACGUGUACUCCGUGGCGCAGCGCCGGCUGGCGGCCCAGUGAGACCCCUCGGGGGGAGGGGAAGGGGGAUAACGGCGACUCGGCCAGCGCCGAGGUCGUUGCUCUGGAGGAGGUCCGCCCAGAGGGUGUGUCAAGAGUAUAAAUGCCGGAAAUGAUGGCUUAUGAAAGGUGAAUUGCGUGGUGUCAGGAAAUAAUAGAACUUGGAAUUUGGCUUGUGACAAGCAUCCAAGUAGCAAAUUAAUGUACUGUGUACAUGUACCAAUCAAGACCCUGCAGGGUACUUCGGUCGGGAUAA